AUGACAGCAAUUUUGGAUGUCUUCAACCAGACCUACUAUUGGGAAACUUUCCACAUGUGGACCUACAUCAGCAAACUUACUGCCAACACAACACUCAAGCAUCCUGCUCUCUUUUCUUGGAAAAGGAGCGGGGUGCUCGUCGGCAACUGGGCCGAGGAUGGGCGCCUGGAGGCGGACAUCCUGCGGGAUUUCCUGCACAAAAGAGAACGAGGAGAACUUCUGAUGCAGAAAAUGCACAAACUUCAAGAUAAUCUUCUAAAGAAGACCCAGCUGUCAGUGUCCAAGGAUGGAUUUAUUCAUUUUGGAGACGCUGUGAUGCUCGUGAACAAGAAUUACUCAGUGGAUGACAACUCCAGAGUGUGUGGCAACCUGACCUUGGCAGUGAACCUGGACGAACUGGCCCUGUAUUCCAGCAGGCCACUGACUGCCCCUCGUGGAAUUAGUGCAGCUGAGAGCGUGAGCCCUGUGGGUCGAAACACCUUCUGCAUUUUAAGUGUUGAUGGAAGUGCAGAGGGUGAACCAAUUAGAUUUGGGCAAAAGUUCCGUCUUGGGACAACAGGAGGGUUUUCUGACCAAAUGUUGUAUCUAGCAAGUGAACAUAAAACCUUUGUAAAAUUUUCUAAAAAAUCUUACCUUCAGCAAGUAUAUCUGACAGAUAAGCUUUCCUAUUUGACUUGCUGGCAAGUUGCCUUCUUGGAUCCACAGCUGCGUCUUGAACGUGAAGGAUUUCCAGUUCCUGAAAACUCUGAAGUUAUUAUUACUCAUUGCCAUACUAAUCAGAGCUUGGCUGUUCCAAGGAAAUUUUGGACAUGGUCUUGUUGCGGAAGAGAACAUGAAGUAGUUUGUCACACUUACCUGGACUCCCAUAGAGCUGAAGAAGAUAAGAAUUACUGGGUAAUAGUUACAGGAAAUCCCAGUGAUGAAAACAGUACAAUGUUUGAUAGACCUGACCCUCAACCAGGCUGGACCAGAAAGGAUGAGUUUCAUAAAGAGAAAUAG